AUGGAUGCCACAUCUGCUGCUGACCGCUUGGCAUCUGGACAUCGCCAGUUCUACACACUGCCCAAGAUACCCGAUCUGUCCAGUGUUGACUCAGCGAUCUAUCGUAUCUUAUCAAACAACACAAGAUCAAGCAUAUCCGAAGGUCAGAAUGAGGCGGAUAAUCGAGGAUUUGAAAAUAACGAAGAUUUCUUCGAUUACAUAAAUCGAAGUGUUAUUGGAUAUAAUAAAGUAUUUACCAGUGUAUUUGGCGAUCGAAGAGUAAUAUACUGUGACUACAUUGCCUCGGGUCGUUCGCUGUCAUUUAUCGAGGAUUUCAUUUACAAUGAGGUACUUCCUGAUUAUGGGAACACGCACACCAUGACCAGCGUGACAUCUCUACAAACAACAAUGUAUCGUCACGAAGCGAAAGACAUAGUUAGAAAUGCCGUCCGUGCCAGUGAUUAUGAUGCAGUUUUCUUUGUCGGAAGUGGCUGCACUGGUGCUGUGCAUAAACUUAUUCACAACCUCCAUCUAGAAAAGCCACCUAUUGUUAUUACAGGACCUUUUGAACAUCAUUCUAACAUACUUCCUUGGAGACAUAUGGCUGCUAAAAUAGUUCGCCUUAACACAGACAAGUGUGGGAAUGUAUCCAUCCAUCAUCUAGAGGAGGCCCUUUCGACAGAAAGGAGGCGAGCAAAUGAAUUAGGCUGCUCCUUGAUAGUUUGCUUGGCAGCGGCGUCAAAUGUAACGGGCAUACUGGUGGAUGUCGACAAAUUUUCUGCUCUGGUUCAUCGGUACGGCGGCCUUGUCUUUUGGGACUAUGCUACCGCUGCACCUUACGUAAAAAUCGACAUGAACCCGGUUGUCUCUGGACCAAAUCAUGGCCUUGUGUGCAAGGAUGCUGUGUACUUUUCUAUGCACAAAUUUGUUGGUGGCGUCCAAACACCGGGUGUGCUCAUAGCGAAGAGGAUUUUGUUCAAGGCGGGCGAAAGGCAUCCUGAUGGCUGUGGUGGUGGUAGCGUCUGCUUUGUUCGCAGGGAUCACCAAGUCUACCUUAAAGAUGUGGAGGAGCGUGAAGAAGGUGGAACUCCCGCGAUUGUUGAGUCAAUUCGCGCCGGUCUGGUGAUGCAACUAAAGGAGGCCGUCACUCCUGAAGUCAUAGUCGCUCGAGAAGAAGCUAUUGUCAAACGGGCCUGGGUGCGUUUCAAGUCCAGCCCCAACCUCCUGGUGCUGGGCGGGGACGAGGCGCCUCGCCUGCCCAUCUUCUCCGUUGUGGUGCGUCACGUCUUUCCCGACGUCUUCAUGGCUGGGAAGCAGCAGGAGCUGAUGCCUUGCGAUCGCCCCAUGUUCCUGCAUCACACAUUCGUGGCGGCCCUCCUUAAUGACCUUUUCGGCAUUCAGUGUCGUGCUGGCUGUGUUUGCGCAGGUCCCUACGCAAUGGACCUUCUGGGGAUCGAUGAGCCUCUUGCCAAACUCUAUGAAGAUGCCCUUGUCACCAGUGAGGUAUCGGUUUGUCGCGUUCAAAAGACCUAUGACAAAGCCUCCAGUGAAGUGCUCAGGCCAGGCUUUACGCGCUUUUCAAUCCCCUACUUCAUGUCUGACGAAGAGGCGAAUUUUGUCCUUGAGGCGGUGUGUUUCGUCGCUGACUAUGGUUGGGCUUUCCUGCCUCUUUACUCCUACGAUGCCAUGACAGGCGAGUGGAAGCAUCGUCAACACGACCAACUGGAAGAUCGACAGUGGCUGGGUCACAUCAAAUAUACCAAGGAGGGCAUGACCUGGCGCCGGGCUAAGAUCAAGGCCCGUGGUGCUCUUCCCAAGAGUCUUCAGGAGUGCCUUAUGGCUGCCAAAGUGGAACUGAAGCGAGCUGUCGAUUUUGUGAAAUCUGCGGAGGUCUCCCCUGUGCCCGACGUCACCGCCAACUUCGAUGCUAUCGGCCAGAAACUCCGUUGGUUCGUUCUGCCCUGUGAAGCCGCUGCUCAAAUGCGCGGAGAAAUAAGUCAACUGGCGAUUUCAACUGGUCCUUCUUCACCUUGGAAGCCUGGCACUAUGGAUCCGUGUACAAAUGUCCCAGCUUUUACUACUUCUCAAAAGAGUCUGACUUCUCAUAGACGCAGUGCAGCUACAACAUCCCCCAUUGAUCAUCAGGCCACUCCAAGCUCCUCGCACGCUGCGCAUCAUCGAAGUCCUGUUGGAUCAGCCUCUCCCCGCCAUCGUAAUCGAAGACCUCAUUCCUCUUCGCCACAGCAUCUAUUUUCCCUCGCCAGGCCCAUGUCUCCCAAUUUCAGUACCCUUCAUAAUGAGCCGAAAUCUCAUGCAAAGUAUAAAAACAACGUCCAACAGGAAAAUAAUAGCCACAUUAAUUGUGAAUCUACUGUUCGAGUCAUCAACCAAAGGCCGCGGUCUACCCCCUGUGAUAGCACAGCAGGAAGGCUGGAUAGCGAGGAUCCAGGAGAGUCAAAGCUGGUUUUUAGGGAAUUUAAGGGGCUGUAUGAUCUGUCCUCAAUGACCAGAGGCUCCGGUGAAGCAAACCUGAGAGUGAAUAGAUGGGAGGAAAGAACAUUGUGGCGGCGUCCCUUUAAGCAACUCUACAGACCAUUUGUCAAAGCCAUCAAGGACUUUGACAUGAUCCAUCGGGCAGAUCGGAUACUAGUUUGUCUGUCGGGGAGAAAGAACAGUCUCUCCUUGCUCCACUGUAUGCAUGCCUACCAGGAAGUGUGUCUGCGACGUCCCGACUACCCCUCCUUUGAAAUCGGCGCCGUCACCGUUGACCCUGGCAGCUCGGCGUUCGACCCACGGCCUCUCAUCCCCUAUCUAGCGGGGCUGGGUGUUAAAUGUUUCUACGAGGAACAGAAUAUAAUGGCCAAAGCUUCUCAGCUUGGCAAUCAGUGUAGCAGUAUCUGCAGUUUCUGCUCUCGUAUGAAACGUGGCAGAAUUUAUGCUGUUGCUCUGAGGCAUGGUUACAAUGUUAUCGCCCUGGGACAGCAUUUAGACGACCUCGCAGAGAGAACAAGAAAUCUUCGAGUAAUUCGACCUUUUGUCUACAUUCGAGAAAGGGUGACGCGGGCUUUUGCCGAGAGGGCGGGCCUUCCAAUCAUUCCCAAAAAUUGUCCCGCCUGCUUCCAAAUGCCCAAGGAGCGCAUGCGAGCCAAGCGCGUUCUAAGUGACUACGAGAACACUUUUCCGAAUCUCUUUUCGAGUCUCCAGGCCGCAAUGUUACCUCUAAUCGCCAGAGAUGCAGCCUUGGGGCUUUCCGCGUUCGAAGAUGCUGAAAAAGCCAUAGCCUCCAAAGCCAGGGAAACGUCUGUCAACUCGGAUUUUUACGAAGGGCAGCCCCUAAGUUGUCCGAGAUUAAUCACUAAAUGA